AUGACCUAUGCUAAGGAGCUCAUCGAGAACAUGUGGUCAAACUUCUCUGUUGAAGAUCAUAUUCAGUUUGAAGAUGCUGACUUGCCGGCACUUGAAAGAAAGAAAAAGAAGCCAAAAGAAUGGGUGCCAAAGAUUACAGUACCUGAGCCUUUUCAAAUGAUGAUUAGAGAGCAGAAGAAAAGAGACAUGAAAUCUAAAUCAGAUAUGGAAAUGGCACGCAAACUGCUCAAAAAACAAGAAGAAUCAGAGUGUAAGAAAAACUUCCGAGCCAGCCCGGUUCCUGCGUUCGUCUUUCUCCCCCUUUAUCAUGAUAUAGUCAAGCAAAAUGAAGAACGGAGGAGGUCUACGAAGGAGGAAAACAAAGAAGCUCUUUUGGCCUCGCAAAAGCCCUUUAAGUUUAUUGCAAGGGAGGAACAGAAGCAAAUUCGGGAAAAGCAGCUGAAAGCCUUUUUUAAGUCUGAAAAGGAAACAAACCGAUUUAAAGCCAGACCUAUACCUCGAUCUACUUACGGUUCAACUAUCAAUGGCAAGUUAACAGAAGAAGAGCUCUGUAGAAACAUUAGGACGCAGCAGAGAACUCAAGACUCUUUACAGAAUUCAUCGCCUCUGCCUUGUAGUCCAGCUGGCAGAAGUUAUGCUACAAGGAAGCCCAAGUGUCCUGAACAGGCUGAAAAGUCCAAGUGUAAACACAAGGUUAGGUGCCAGGCUGCUGAUUCUGAAGACCUUCCUGAGAGAUAUCAGAAGCAUCACUCAGAACAGAAGUGUCCAAAACCCCUGACAGUCUGUGAACCAUCUGACCUUCAUGCAGCCUCACAUGCAUCCACUAAACGAGAGAAAAUCUUGGCAGAUAUUGAAGCAGAUGAAGAAAAUUUAAAAGAAACAUGUUGGCUUUAUCUGUCUCCAAGGUGCAGGUCUCCAGUAACAAGUACAACUGCAAAGCCUGUGCCUUGUAGCUUCAACCCUCCCAUGCCCACGGUGUCCUCCAGGGGAAGAGAACAAGCCACAAGAAAGAGUGAAAAGGAAAGGAGGAGAGACUACCGACGAGAACUAGAAGAAAGAGAAGAAAAAUUAAAAAACAGGCCGCUGCCAUUUGAAAGAGUCGCUCAGAAAAAUGCAAGAAUGGCAGCAGAAAAGCAUUAUUCUAACACCUUAUAAGCACUAGGAAUAUCUGAUGAGUUUGUUUCAGAGAA